AUGGUCAGGUCGCCUGCCCAGCUCAGAGGGACCAAGUCACCCUCGCCUGCGCCUUCCCCGAGCAGAUCAUCGUCUGUCAAUACGCCAGCAGAGAAUCCCUAUCAGCGCAAGGCGAGAGCUUUGCUUGUCGAAUUCAGUUUGACGAGAAAAUCGUGGCAUGAUCAAGUCGGACUGGCAUUGCGUCAUGCUGCCUCGAUCGUCUUGAUUCGAUCCGAUCUAUCUGCAACGGACCUGAACAGCGCCGUCUUUCUGAAGCAGCAAGAUGCACCUUUCGACGCAGCAGCGGCACAACAAGGUUUCAAAAGCGCAGGACAUGAGCGUCUGGAGGCUAGCUACAGGCAGCUGCUCGGUGCCAUGUCGUCCAUCGAGACGCAGACUGCCCUGACGCUGACGAUCAGUCAGAAGUUCGAGUCGGUACUCAUCGAAGCGAGCAAGACGAGGGGCAUGAGCUUUGCGUUUGAACAGCCGCUAUGGCUCACUUGGCCGCUUGCUCGCUUUAACGAUGAGGUCCUCGAGCUGACAGGACAGUUCAGAGCGUCGAGAUCGCUCAUGACGGCAUUGACGCAGACGUUGACUGAUCCGAUCAAGACGCACGAAGAAUGCCAGGCCGCACUGUCAUACUGGCGUUCCCAACCUCUGCUGGCUCGCGAGCACGCGACAUCGGGCGAACAGCAAUUCGACGAGCUUUGCGCCGUAGAGAUGCCAGAUUAG